GCUGGGAGCGCUUGCUCCUGACGUCAUCCGCUGCCGCGUCACUCGCGAUAAGGUGUUCAAGAGACCAGACGUCUCCUCUCGGCUCUCUUUCAUUCGCUGGACACGUGCCCGCGUUUUCGUUGUCGCCAGAGGCACGUCAGUGCAAUUUUAACGCGCUUGCUUCACUCGCUUAGCGACUGUGCGGUUCCGUAAGCGCUCGCCCGUGCAAAGCGUGCUACCGAGAGCCGGCGCGUUUGUUCUCCGUCGGCUUGCAGCGCUGCCGCAGCACCGGAUAUGCGGCAGGCGUGGAAUUUCUACGCGCGUAUGGUGCGCGAUCACCCGAUGAAGACGCAGAUGAUCACCACGGCCACAGUGAUGGUUUCGGGAGACCUGAUCGCACAGAAGGUGAUCGAACGCCGGCCCCACGUCGAUGUGCCUCGAGCGGCGAGGUUCUUCAUCAUGGGCGUCGGAUUCGUUGGUCCCGUCGUCCGCGGCUGGUACCUCAUCCUCGAACGGGUCGUCGGCAGUGGCGCCGGCACUGCGCUGGUGGUCAAGAAAGUGCUCUUGGACCAAACGAUAUUCGGCCCCAUGUUUGUGCCCAGCUUCAUGGUGGUUCUGGGCGCCCUUCAGCGACGCUCGUGGGACGACAUCAAGCAGUCAGUGCACGCGAACUACCUGCAAAUCCUGAGGACCAUGUACAUGAUCUGGCCCGUGGCGCAGUUCGUCAACUUCAAGUUUGUGCCCCUCAGCUACCGACAGCCGUUCGGCAGUGGCGUGGCUAUCGUGUGGAACACUUAUUUGGCCAGUAAAGCCAACAGGAUGCCGAGGACGGGCCCCGGAGAAGUGGCUUCGAGUUUCGCGGACUUAAAAGCUUGCGUUCCAAGCACAGGCAGCUGAUGAGCGGAAUACGUGCAGCCUCUGCGACCGCGGAAGCACAGUGAUAAUCGAAGUGAAAACCACCGGGAGGCGAACUGCGAAAGCCUUUCCACUGCGGGAAUGGAGAGAAUGAAAUGACACAUUUAUUUAUACAUAGCUAACCCUGUACAGGAUCUUAGCUAGAGGGUCAUCCAUAUGAAGAAAAUUAGUAUAUUUUUAAUUAGGACACAGACAUCCGAAAGUACUCGUUAUUGGAAGUAGCACUCAAAACACAACACACAACUAAACAGCACAUUUCACUGUGCUAGCAGAUCUCAGAUUGCAAAAGUUAUCCUGGAUGGCAAAGAUGAAUUCUUCCAGUGAUGUUCUGUUAAUGAAGGGCUCAGUCUAUUCGUCUCUUUCGUUGCUCGUGCCAGAAAUGAAUACCCAGAACAGUAGGUGUGGAACCACCAAUAUUUGAAUGCCUGCGUCUUGCUGGUCUUAUGCACAAAAUUGAGACGCAUUUACUUGCGUAUCUCGAUCGCGCUGUGAAUUAGUUGAUGCGUGAAUUUUAUGCAUGCUCAUCGAACUCCAUGCUGUAGUGGCAGAAUCCCUGCGUUUAGUAAUUGGGUUGGCGAGUCAGAGAAUAUAAGUUUAUUGUAGAUAAUUAAAUCCGCAUUCUUUUUGUAUAUCUUCUGGUUUUUUUCAUAUCGAGUUUAAUAAAAGCAUACCAUAUAUGUACGGCAUCGCACGCCCGCGUUCUAUGCCAGUAAACUUGUUUUCCGACGUGCAAACGCUAAAGGACGAGUUAUGUUCAAGAGGCACUUUAGAGCUGUUAAAAAGACGUCGUCUAUGUGCAGUACAUUAUGUUAUCAAUAUGCUGUCAUUGCGUGGCAAUGAGUGGGGAAAGUAUAUUGCAAGUUUUCCGUAGUGAGCGACACGCGACAGUGACGUCGCCAUGUAUUGAAAGGUGUAUUGUAAUCGAUGCCUACUUUACGUCCGCAAAUUCUCUACGUCAUGACGACUCAAAUUUCGGAGUUUUUAAUUGUAGCGAUAAAACGAGAGCAGUAUUAAGUGCGAAGUUAUGAUAAUACGCGUUCGCUUCCCGAGUUAAACAAGAAUCGAAACAAUACGAGCAAGCUGUUACUAUAAAAGAAGUAGUUAGCAUCAAAUUUCCCAUAAAGGAACCAAAUACAAGCUUGAAGGUAGAGAUGGCAGAAUUUCUUUAUAGUCUAGCUGAACAGUUCCUAGCUGCGCAAAAACCACAGCCGCUGUAGAUUGCACAUAUAGUUCGAUACACGCAAUUCCUUCCUGAACUACCCUAAAAGUACCCCCUACUUUCUUUUUCUAAGAGUGAAAUGGCAAAAACGGCUUUCGAUUGUUUAAUCAGAUAAAUAGUUCGUAAUUUCUAAACAUAGUGAAAUAUAAGGCUAGCAUGGGGUUCAUCUGAAAAAAAAAGAUGCCUUAUUUACAUUAUUUGAUUCAAAGAUCUAAUGGCCCUUCACAAUUGGAUGGCGGGCCAACUGAGGACCUUGCACAUAAUAAACAAUUUAUUGUAGAGCAGUUGGCUGCUUCAUGCGCUCACUGAGGAACUGUGGCGCCUCUGUGCAGCAUCUGCUGCUGUCGCCUUUGCCCUCGAUCAUCCAAUAGGCGUUGUUAUCCCUUCUGUUUGAACACAAGCGAAUAUUAGACAUUUUCCGACAGCGAAUUUUCUAAUGGAAUGCUAAUCAAAUGGAGAGAUUGCUUUAUGUGCAUUCGAUGUCUAGAGUGUUCGCACAUAUUUAUAAGACAUUAGUGUUCCUAUAAGAGGAUGCGUUGUUCAAACGGAGUUUAACGAGAAAUAAAUCCUGGUCGACUUGUUUAAAAAUA